AUGGAUCCAACACUAAACCAGGAGUGGACAUCCUCUGAGGUAGAGGAGGCAAGGUCACUCAUUGCUACGCUCAAAAGCAACAAAAUCAUCUAUGAAGUUAAUGAUGACAAUAACAAGAAGCACAACGACAUUGUGGAUGCUCUCCACGUAUUGUUCCCUUCAAAAACCAUGCAACAGGUAACAGAUCUUUACGUCGAUCUUGCUAUGGAAAUGCAUUUGAUGCAGUGGAGGGAGGAGAUCCCUAUUAUUGGUGGCACCACAAAUAACAUUUGCACCGUUCACGACCUUGUGAACGGUAACUUUGGGGAGCUGGGGGAGAGUAGUUCUAGCGGUACACAUGGGGUUUUCACCAUGGGUGACCUUGUGAAUGGGUACAACUUUGGCUUACAAGAGGAGGCAAGUACCAUGUUUGGUUCUCCAAUGGAGGAUAUGAUGAUCAUGGAGAUGGAGGAGGAAUUUCCGAUGGAGGAGGAACUGCAGAUGGAGGAGGAACUACCGAUGGUAGAGAAUAACAUGAUGGAGGUGUUAGAGAACAAUAUUGUCAAUGAUCAACCAGUUGCAGACCCACAUCCAGGGAGAUUUUGGAUCACGGAGGAACACAGGUUGUUUCUUUGUGGGCUGCGUGUCUAUGGCCGCGGUGAUUGGAAAAACAUAUCCAGGUACUUCGUCACCACAAAGACUGCAAUCCAAGUCUCCAGCCAUGCACAAAAGUACUUCAAGGGGCUAGAGAAGAGAGCAUUGUCCGGGAGGGCCGGGAGGUAG